UGAAAUGACGCAAUUUCCCUCACUGUGACGUCACAGGAAUUUUCUGCGAAAAGUAAACAGAAGACAGGGCCUAUAGGUGUUCAUAGUAAGAUCACAACCAAACUAACAAAAUGUCGGAUCCACGAAUGAUUAUAAAGAUGAUCAAGAUAAAGUUGGCGCUGAUGCGUUUGUCUCGCGCGAAGGAAAAUGGUGUACGUCUCCACUACGGGUAUCCGCCUAUCAUCCCUUGGUAUGAGAGAAUCACUAUCUGGUUGUUUCGGAGAAUACGUAUCUUCCUGAUCGAGCUGUUCUGUCCCUGCUGUAUCUACGACCGCAACAGACACCUAAGAGUCAGAGAGGUUCCGAGUUCCGGGUGUAGACGGGCAUUCCAUGCGGGCACACACGAACACGAGAUGCUGAAACAUUUUCUGGGUUUCUUUAGCGGUAUUUUCCUAGGGGUGUUCCUGUACCUGGUUAUGAUCUUCCAGUCUAACUAUGAACCCCCCGUUGCCUUGACGAUCGGGGUCAUACUAAGUCCUAUCUUUACACUUGGCUUAGCGUUCUCUAUGGAGGUUCGAUGUGUGAUUCUUCUGAUGAUUCCGCAGUUCUUUUCAAGUAAGGGCCGUUCCUUCUUACUGUUAUACGCCAUGAUACUGGUGAUGACGUAUCCCGCCGCUAACUUCAACAAAAACAUCAAGAUCAUGUCCAACAGCAUCACGUGCGGACAGGAACUGGCCUACAAUCAGUCAAAGGAAGCCAUGGACAAAAUAUCCAACCCACUGGCAGGGGCCCUUGGAACUAUUCGAGCAACCAUCAAAGCACUGAAACGAUUCGCCGAGAAAAUACGAGAUGCUUUCAACGCUCUGAAAACGGCCAUACAGGAAAUAGGUAGGUGGUCGUCAUCAAAAUCAAUGUUUUCAUCAUCAAAAGCAUAUGUUUCUGAUAGUGAUAAAUAUUAUAAAAUUGCACGAUUGUAG